AUGGCGCCAGCGGAACUGCCUCAGCUAGUGCGGGAGGCGUUGGCGAAAGGCGACCUGCCUCGUGCGCAGGAGCUGGCGGAGGACGGGUUGCGCCUGGCGCGGGAGGCGCAGGACCCAGCGUCAGAGGCCUCGGCGUUGGAGGCGCAGGUGGCACUGCACGUGUCUCAGGGCCUUCUGAGUGAAGCGGUGAAAUGUGCCAAGGACUCGGCGAGCCGUUUCGAGGACUCGGCGAACAAGGAGAGCCAAGUGCGGCUGCUGCACCUGGCGGCGCAACUCUCACUGCGACACGGGGCGCCCUUUGACAAGGCGGUCGCUUGUGCUCAAGCGGCGCGAGACGCCCAAGGCAGCGCCUCCAGCGUGGAGGAUCAGGUUCUGGUGCUCCAGACCCUCUCGCAAGCGCAGCUGGCCAAUGGCUCACCCAAACAGGCAUUGGACUCGGCCAAUUUGGCCCGCGACCUCAGCCGCGAGCAAGACGACUUUCUGGGGGAGGCGGUGAGCCUCCUCCGCAUCGCGGGCGCGCAGGUCCGCUUGGGCGAUUUGGAGAGCGCCCUCAGCGCCGCCUCCGAUGCGCAGGAGCUCUUCCGGGAGGUGGGCGACCCGCUGGCCGAAGCGGGCGCCGCCGGACUGGUGGUGCGCCUGCAACGGGAGCGCCAAGACCUUUCUGCAGCAAGGUUAGCAGCUGAAACUGCUCGAGCUUUGCUGCGACAGACUGGAGAACUUGCUCGAGAAGUCGCUGCGCUCUUGCUGUCUUCGCAGAUCGCCAGCUUGGAACUGGCCUCCGGCGCUCAGCCGGGCGGCGGCAGCACAGCCCGGGAGUUCUACGAGGGCAAAGGCCGUAACAAGGUCUUGGCCAAGGCGAAGGAAGCGGUGACUCUGUCGAAACGACUGGGCAGCGAGAACCUCAUGGCCAUUGCACGCGUGGCCCACGCGCGCGCCAAGGUCUCCAAUGGCUUGCUUGAAGAAGCCAUGACAGAGAUCAAAGAGGUGCUGCCAGUGUUGGUGGCCUGCGGUGACAAGCGUGCCCAGGGCUCCGCGAAGAUGCUUCAAGCCAAUUUGUCGGUGCUCCAGGGGCAGCCAGACUUAGCCACGGCCAAGGAGGCUUUGGAGUGUUUUCAGGCAGCAGGGGUCAAGCAUGAUGUUGCACUGGCCCAAUCGAUGAUUGCCCGUUUGCAGAAGACCCGUGCGCCUGCAGCAGCUGCGGGCGCGGCUGCGCCCACACCCGGAGCAGCUUCUGCGGCCGCGAACGCGGCGGCGACGAGCGCGGCGGCGACGGGCGGUCCGAAGCCUGCGACGAUCGACAAGAUGCAGCUGGCGUUGCCGGAACGGGUGAAGUACACGAUUACCGAGCUGGUGGCAGAGGCUACAAACUUGGAAGGCAUGGAAUCUUGGCCUUGCUUUUGGAGUCCGCCUUACGCGAGAGGCACCACCCCGCAAGUCGAGUAGGUGCUAAUGUCGACACCGGAUUAAUCAACCCCCUCCCCAACAAGGUCAACAAGGUUUGGGAUUGGAGGGAUUGGAGACCACAUCCCCCUAAUAAAGGUGAUGACCUGAUCAUGGAUGAUGAGAUGAGGACCUGGACCUGAUGAGGGGUGAUGGUUGAU